UCACCUCCGAGUCCGUCGUUUGGCCCGAUCCCCCUGAAAGUUGACCAUGGGAGAAUGGACCAUUCUGGAGAGGCUGCUGGAGGCGGCCGUCCAGCAGCACUCGACCAUGAUCGGCAGGUGGCCGGAAAAAGGAGACCAAAGGGAUGUCCGCGUUGCUCUCUUUCUACUGGAUUUGAUCCUGCUCACUGUGGUGGUGAUUUUCCGCAUCUUGAUAGUUGGCAUAGUGGGCGAGAAGGUGUACGAGGACGAGCAGAUCAUGUUCAUCUGCAACACCAUGCAGCCCGGCUGCAACCAGGCCUGUUACGAUAAGGCCUUCCCCAUCUCGCACAUCCGCUAUUGGGUCUUCCAGAUCAUCUUGGUGUGCACGCCGAGCCUGUGCUUCAUCACCUACUCCGUCCACCAGUCGGCCAAAGCUCGGGACCGCAGCUACUCGCUGCUGCACCCUUACAUGGACCACCACGGUCACGGUCACCACGGCCGCCAUCACGACCAUCACGCUCGCAAGCUUCACUCCCGCAACAUCAACGGCAUCCUGGUGCACCCCGACAGCAGCAAGGAGGAUCAUGACUGCCUGGAGGUCAAAGAGAUCCCCAACGGACCUCGAGGGCUCCCUCCAACGCACAAGAGCGCCAAAGUGCGGCGACAGGAAGGAAUCUCCCGUUUCUACGUCAUCCAGGUCGUGUUCCGCAACGCCCUGGAGAUCGGCUUCUUGGCGGGCCAGUACUUCCUGUACGGCUUCAACGUGCCGGGAAUGUUCGAGUGCGACCGCUACCCGUGCGUGAAGGAGGUGGAGUGUUACGUGUCUCGGCCCACGGAAAAGACCGUGUUCCUGGUCUUCAUGUUCGCCGUCAGCGGCAUUUGCGUGGUGCUCAACCUGGCUGAGCUCAACCACCUCGGCUGGCGGAAGAUCAAGACGGCCAUCCGCGGCGUGCAGGCCCGACGGAAGUCCAUCUGCGAAGUGCGCAAGAAGGACGUUUCCCACCUGUCUCAGGCCCCCAACCUGGGCCGGACCCAGUCCAGCGAGUCGGCCUACGUCGAGGGCGGCAAUCAUAAGCAGUACACGCGAGACAGUAACGAGGAGCACACGCGUCGCUCUGCUGAUGCCUUGUGGUCCAAAAGCGCACGCCGACUCAGAACCGAGCAGUGCUGCACAACAUCAGCUAAAUAUCAGCUGCGUCGUUCCGUGCCCGUGUGCGAGCUGGACUGCACUUCCGCCACAUUGCAACAAAACGUGGGCUUUACAAGGGCUGAAGCGCUAUUAAGCGGUCUGGCCGCGCGCGGGCUCGCUCUCGUCUGCGGCGUGUUCGGGCGAGCGCGGGGCGUGUCUCCCCUCGUCGCCAUGGAAGCAAACUGGGAACGAGAUCAAGCGUGUGUGUCUCGCUUCCAGGAAAAGCGAUGCGUGUUGAUUUCGGACGAGACAAAGGCGCAGGCGAGCGACGAGCUCGCCCGUCUGCUUUCCCGCUCUCCCAGUGUGGAUGGGUACGGGGGCAUUGAAAUGACAAUCUCGGUCAACGCGAGCUGGGUUCCAUUCGCUGAGGGACACGCGUCUAAUCGGAAUGUCAUGCGUGUCGAGGGGCGAGUUGCAAAACAGAUAAAUCAGUCGCACAUGAAAGGGGGCACAGACAAAGGAGUCUUUUCUGCCGCUCGUGAAAAAACAAGACUACAAAGUCUCAUCCAGGCUGUGAUCACACAUAUCAACACUGAUUUUUCGAUCACGUCCGUCCGUCCAGCUCAACAACAACUGAGGAUCAACAUGGCAAACAGGGCCCCGGCUUUCGGUUUCUCCCGCGAGGUGCAGUGUAAGAUUGAUAAGAAAUACAACCCGGAGCUGGAGGAAACGCUGGUGGAGUGGAUCGUGGCCCAGUGUGGACCUAACGUGGCCCGGCCUAUGCCGGGCAGACCCGGUUUCCAGGAAUGGCUGAAGAAUGGAUGCGUGCUGUGUGAGCUCAUCAACAGCUUGACUGUGCCCAACAAGGCAAUCAGAACUAUCAAGAGCCCCGGAAUGGCCUUUGCGCAAAUGGAGCAAAUCUCCUUGUUCCUCACUGCGGCAGAAAAAUACGGAGUGACCAAAACGGACAUAUUCCAAACUGUUGACCUCUACGAAAGCAAGGAUCUGGCAGCUGUCCAGAGGACCUUGGCGGCUCUCGGUAGCUUGGCUGUCACAAAGAAUGAUGGCAAUUACAAAGGAGACCCCAGCUGGUUCCAUAAGAAGGCCCAAGAGAACAAGAGGGAUUUUUCUGAGGAGCAGCUGAGUGAAGGUAAGAACGUCAUCGGCCUGCAAAUGGGCACGAACAAGUUGGCGUCUCAAGCUGGCAUGACGGCCUACGGGAAACCCAGACAGAUCAUCAACGACAACUGAGGCCGAGAAGCCUUUCGGCGCUCGGCGUCAGGCCAGCCGGCAAAAAUUCCACUAAAUCUUCAGGCCAGGAGAACAAAUGUGACCCGUCUGGUUUUUUUUUUUUGCAGACCAAACUGGACCAAAGCAACUGUGUGCACAUACGCCAACACAUGUAAAUAGAGAUGUGUUUCAUUGCCAGCAAAACUGUUACAUCACCUUCGACCUUUUCUGCUAAAGUGCAUUUUUGCAAGCAGCUCAAUUGCAUUGACGUUGAUUAGACUUGGAGGUUUGAGAGCUCAAAUCCAUCAAAUUCAGCUGUGGAUGAGUUUUACUUCUACCUAUGGUGCAUUCCAGGAAACUCCGACAGUGUUACAGCAGCACGCGUUUAUAACCGCACAAAUUUGAUGAAAUUAAACAAAAGAAAUUUGACCAAUUACAACAAGUUAGUGGGACACAUUAUUGCUGGAUUUCUGCUGCUGCCAAUAUUUUCUCUCUCUAAAUGCGAUGAUGGCCUUCUUUUGGUGUACUCCGUUCUGUUUGAAAACGAUUUGAAAAUAAAGUUCCUAAAGUAAA